CUCUCUCUCUCUCUCUCUCUCUCUCUCUCUCUCUCUCUCUCUCUCUCUCUCUCUCUCUCUCUCUCUCUCUCUCUCUCUCUUUAUUCUGGAGUUCGAAUAUGAGGAUAUAAGAUAGUUGUGUUGCCAGGCGAUAAUCAUAGUGUACAACAGAAACUAGCAAAUUGGGUUAUGAAUGCUUUUGGCAUUUUUGUCUCAUCUAACAGAAAUAUUUAGUAUGCUUGAAGUGAAGAUUAUGUAAUGUGUCACUUGCCAAAAGGAUUAAGGAUUAAAAUGCUGCCUUUGUAUAAAAAAAGGUUUUGAAGAUACUUAUCACCUAUUAUGGUGGUGUUCACUUCAGACUGGGGACUUCCAAUGAGUAUCGCUAUAUUCAGAGUCCAACAUGCAAGGUCACCUCUUAAAGGGGGCAAGAUUUAUUUUUUAUGUACGAGGUUGAAAAAUGUACUCUUAAUCUGUGUGAAAUUCCAUAGCUAAGCUACCUACCUUAAAACAAUACAAUACGGUAAUUAAGAUUAUGGUUUGUUCCGUAGAAUACAACACAUCUACUCUUAUUCUGUUCAUGUUGAUAUAUGAUAAUUAAAUGUAUAAUUUGAUACAUUUGUGAUGAAAAUCUCCUCAUCUCACACACACACACACACACACACACACACACACACACACACACACACACACACACACACACACACACACACACACACACCAUUACUGAUUUGCUUCUCUUGUUCCAUUUGCCGGCUCUCCCGUGAGUGUGUGGAUUGGUCCGGCCCCCUGAUAAACCCAUAGGUACUUCCUGUUUGCUGCUGCCUGCCUGGGCUGUGUACCAGGAACAUACAGCGCUCUGUGUGGCUGCUCCCCUGCAUGUCCAGACAGCCGUCUUUAGAUGAAUGUCCUGGCCGGCCACACAGGCAUGCGUGCAUAUGCUCAAAAGCCCAGGUCUGUGAUUGGCUCGCAGGCAGAGCACGGGGGCAUGCGGACAUACUACUUCAGCGCCGACACGCAGGAGGACCAGAGCGGCUGGCUGCGGGCCAUGAACCAGGCAGCGCAGAUGAAGAACCAGGCAGUGGUCAGGUCCAAAGAGAUCCUCCUCUCCCUGGACCCCCAGCAGGCCGUCCCCCUGACCAACCACGGCCGCCCCCACCCCUCUGAGACCUCAGACCGCCAGGAGACCCACCUGGAGCCCCUCCGCCCGGGGCCAUCGGACCACGCCGGAACCCUCCUCCGAGACCCCGCCCCCGUCCCCAUGGAGAUGGACACUCACUCCUCCCUCGUGUCCAAUCCCGCCGCCUCCUCCUCCUCCCACUUCUCCCCCCUGACAGACGCUGGCCCCCCGUCGGCCCCGGGCUCAAGGGCCCCGUCACGGGCCACCUCCGCGCUCCCCGAGCCCUGCACCUACAACGGGCUGAGCGCCUGCACCACGCCCAGCCCCAUCCUGGAGCCCAACGGCAUCGGGGCAGGGACCUACCAGAGGAACCCUUCGCCGCCCGGCCCAGAGCCCCCCCACAGGGAGCCCCCCCACAGGGAGCUCUACCGGGGGGAUGGCAGGAGCAGCACCCUGGAGCAGGUUGAACAGUGGGUCCAAGUGCAGAGGGCAGAGGUCAAAGGACCCCCGUCACGGGAGAACACCCUGCCCCGCCGCUCCCCCGCCACCCUGCCCCACUCCUCCUCCUCCAGGGAGGUGCGCUACCAGACCCUGCCUCGGGCCCCCGGCCCCAGCCCCCCUCCCGCCACCCGCACCGGGGAGUACAAGUACGCCCAGGACCGCCUCAGCCACUUCCAGCUGGCCCCGGAGCCGGCCGGGCCUGGGGGGGGCGGGGGGCCCGUGUACCAGCUUUACGAGUGGCAGCAGCGGCACCAGUACCGCCACGGCAGCCCCACCGCGCCCCUUUACACGCCCGCGCCCGACUACCCCUAUGGCCCCCGGCCCCCCUCCGCCGGGCCCUCCGCCUCCUCCGCCCCCCGGCCUUCGGACGGCCACCCGCGCUGCAUCUCAGUGCCCCCCUCCCCCGCCGACCUGCCCCCCCCCGGGGUCGGCAGGACCGCCUCCCCCCUGCGGAGGCCUCACACGCCUGCCGAGCGGGUGACGGUCCGGCCCGUCAGGUCAGAGGUCGACGGCCCCUUCGCCGCCUCCCCUCGCCGGGCCAAGUCCCAGAUGUUCAAGGCGGCCACCAUGGAGCGGCGGGCGGGGCCGGCGUCAGGCUACAUCUCCCACACCGUCAGCGCUCCCAGUCUCCAUGGCAAGACGCCCGAGGAGCUGACUCUGCUCCUCAUCCAGCUGCGCCGCCACCAGGCCAGGAUGGCGUCCGCACGGCAGCACACGCUGGCACAGCUACAGCAGCUCCACGGCUCUGAGGUCACCUACUACCCCCACACUUACAGCCCCCUGCCUAACCCCACCACCACCACCACUGCUGCCGUCACCAGCACCGCGACCAACGGCGCGCCCGCCACUGUCCGCUGCCCCCACGCGGGGCUGUUGGCCCCUCUGGGCCACUGGGGUGCCCAGACUGACGACGCCUACAUGCAGCUGAAGAAGGACCUUGAGUAUCUGGACCUGAAGGUGGUUGGAAGCCAGUUUCUGAAGGAGGUUGGGAAACCAGUGAAGGUUGCAGAAAGUGACGUUGAUGUGAAAUUGAGUCGAUUGUGUGAGCAGGACAAGACGUUGAAGGACCUUGAGAGCAGAAUCAGCACCCUAAAGGAUGACAAGGACCAGUUGGAGCGCGUGCUGGACAUGUCCCGUCAGCAGAUGGAGCAGUACCAGGAGCAGCCCGGCCACGCCCACAAAAUCGCCUACCAGCAGCGCCUGCUGCAGGAAGACCUGGUCACCAUCAGGGCCAGCAUCUCCCGCCUCUCCACGGAGAUGUCUGGGGCCUGGCAGGAGUACGUGAGUCUGGAGAGUUCGGUGGAGCAGCUGAGGAAGGCCAUGCAGGCGCACAUGAACCACAGCUCCACCCCCCAGCAGGAGAAGACGGAGCUGAAGCGUGAACUGUGGAGGAUCGAGGAUGUGAUGGCCGGACUGAGCAGCAGUAAGGCCAACUACAGGAUCACCAUCCAGUCGGUCCAGAACCCAGAGAGGAAGCUGGUGCCCUCCCUUUCUGAAGGAGUGUUGACUCAGCCUCCCUCCUGCUCCUCCCCCCCGGGCCUUCUCUCUCUCCCCCACGGCGCUGCAGAGCACUGGGUGGAGGACGGCGCCCCGCCCCGGCCCCCCCUGCCUAGCCUCUACGACUACGAGGACACCCCCCCCGCGGUGCCCCCCCUCCCCAGGGAGGCGGCGGCGGUGGUCCGCCACACCUCGGUCCGCGGGCUGAAGAGGCAGUCGGACGAGAGGAAGCGGGACCGGGAGAGCGGGCAGUACCCCCUCAACGGGGACUGUAAGGUUGAACUGCGGUCGUAUUUGAGUGAACCAGAUCUCCCAGUGAUCGACCGCAGCAGCGCUGGCUCGGACCCGGACACCCCCUCCUUCUCCGACAAGGGUCUGUUUUCCUCUGGGCUGAACCAGUCCACCUCCAUCUCCUCUUACGUCACUCUGAGGAGAGGACCUGGAGGAAGCCAGGCAGCCAGGGAGAGGCCCCAGAGUGCCUUGGACCAGAUGUAUGCAGUGUCACACGGCGCCCCCGCCCCCCCCUGCCAGACCCGGGGCCGCAUGAGCGCUGAGGAGCAGCUGGAGCGCAUGAAGCGCCACCAGAGGGCGCUGGUCCGCGACCGCCAGAGGAACCUCAGCCAGGGGGAGCGGCCGUGCUCCUCCGGCAGCCCCCCCCAGCGCUGCUCUUCCAGGACGCCCUGGAACCAGGGCCAAGAGCCGUCCCCUUCCACUCCUCCAUGGGAGCCCGUGCAUCAGUCAGGGGGUCCGCCCUGUGAACCGGGCCCCCGGCGCCGCCUGGAUACCGCUCCCCUCCAGGGGUUCGACCCCCGAGAGGAGCGGCCAGGGGCCGAGGGCCAGAGCGACGAGGGCCCGGGGACGGAGAGAGGCAGCGGCCAAUCGGAGGGCUGGAUGUAUCCUUCCUGCGUCGCAAGAGAGAUGGACCUGGAGCCUGUGGACUACGACCUGGACCUCAGUCGAGAGCUCUCCAGACCCCCUAAGGUUCCCAUCCCAGAACGCUACGUGGAGUCGGACCCGGACGAACCCCAGAGUCGAGAGGAGCUGGAGAAGCGCUCCCAACGGGCCCAGCGCAUCAGGACCCUGCUGGCCAAGUCCAGUGUCCACAGCCUGCAGCCGGCCCUGGGCCCCUCGCUGGACUUCACCCCGCUGGACUUCAGCGAGCUGGACUCGGUGCUGCAGCAGCAGGAGAGGAUCAUGAGCGUCUCCCAAAAGCUGGCCUCUGAGGCCUCACGCAAGAGCAAGCUGGUUGCAGAGGGACGGACGGACAGACUGCUGGCAGGUACACCUUCCUGGGAUUCUUGGUGUUUUGGUUUUAUGUCCGGGCUGUUUGGGUUUCUUCAGGGAAUGGGCACAGACCUAGAGCAUGAGAGAUGUGAACUUGUGGUGUGUAAUGUGAUCACGAUGUGUGUACCUAUCGAAAACUAAACGUCCCCUGGGCUCCUCCGCCGUCAGUGGGAGGAGCUCAUCAGACUUUUUGCUGGAGGCAGGAAUCAUAAUCAUGUACUGGUGGUGAUGUAAUCCAUUAGACAAAAUAGUUUCACUCUGUUUGCUUUGGCUUUGGCUUGGUUUUACAAAAGGUGUUUUCCACUUUUCUCUUGGUUCAGAAGACUUUUUAAGACUUUUAAUAAAGAGUUUAAGAAAGAGAAGUAUGGAAGAUCAAUGACUGCACAUCCCUUAGAUCCCUGCUCUGGGAUUGUACUGCUGGGUCCUCUGUUGAUCUGAGAGAGAUGGAUGGCUGCUUUAAGGAGGAGCUCCAAUAGUCUCCAUAGAAUAAACACAUUCAUAGCUGUGUUUACUAAACAACAAACAAGUUACAGCAAAUUACACAAUUACACUUAUCGUUAACAUUAACACAUAAAUUGAGUAAUAAAUCAUUGUACAAAAUAUUUUCAUUGAGUCUUUAUGAUCAUCUUAGAUUUUUCUGUUGUGUUUUUCUAUUCUUUAUUUGGAUUCUCCUCAUUGCGUAGCUCUGGUCAUGAUCACCUCCUCCACCUUUAUAUUUGGAUUCUCCUCAUGGCGUAGCUCUGGUCAUGAUCACCCCCUCCACCUUUAUAUUUACAUGUUUCCAGUGGUUCUCCCUUUGACUUGAUGUUGACGUGUUCUUGUCUUUCAGCGAGAGCAACGGCAGACAACUGAAGGCUGAUUGAGUCAGGAGUGGUCAGCCUCAGGGGCCGUGGGAGGCCCGUGCAAGAGGGAGUGCAAAUGACGGAUGAACUAAUCAUUAGUUAAUCAUGAUUACUGAUAUAACACAUUUAAAAUAUAGACCAAGAUGCUAAUUCCUCUUCCUCUGCUCUUCAGCCUUUAAAUAGUAGCUAUUUGUAUCUUUAAGUUAAAAAAAAGUUACCUUGUUACCUUGUUCUUAUUUUGUAUUCUUUUGCACUCAUGAUAAUAGUGCCUUAUGCUACGAGUGAAAAGUUCUACGCCACAUCAAUGUUUCACAAUCUAGACUUUUAUAACUCAAUAACAAACUGAGAUAGUGGUUAUUUUUCUGAUCAAAUGAUUAAUGUAUUGGAUCAAUGUUCUUAUGUCAAUGUUGAGGUGUGUUGUGAUCACUGCCAAGCCAAAUGUCACUGAGCUUUACUUAAGGCUUUGCUCUAACGCAGACACACGUUCAAAAGGAAAGCCAAAGGUUUAUAAAAGGAAGGGUUGUUUCAUUAAAAAUUUAGUUUUAUUCUAA